UAACUUAUUAAAUAGAAACCGAAAUGGGAAAACUAAUUGACGAAGUUGGCACUGGAGUAAUCACUGGGAAGAAGGUGUUGAAGGUGUUCGAGUGUGCAAGGAAACAUGGCUUUGCCAUCCCUGCUGUCAACGUCACCUCCUCUAGCACCGCCAAUGCAGUGAUGGAGGCUGCCAAGGAGCUGCAUUGUCCAAUCAUCCUGCAGAUAUCGAACGGAGGCGCGGCUUUCUUCGCCGGAAAGUCGAUCGACAACAAGAAGCCACCCCAACAUGCAUCUAUCGUAGGGUCGGAGGCGGCCGCUCAUUUCAUUAGGGCCAUCGCUCCCUUCUACGGCGUCCCAGUCAUUCUGCACUCGGACCACUGCGCCAAGAACCUGCUGCCCUGGUUCGAUGGAAUGCUCGAAUCGGACGAGAAAUAUUUCCAGAAGACCGGUGAGCCCCUGUUCAGUAGCCAUAUGUUGGAUUUGUCUGAGGAAACUGAUCCAGAGAACAUCGGAACUUGCGCUAAGUACUUUGCUAGGAUGAAGGAAUUGGGAAUCUGGCUUGAGAUGGAAAUCGGAAUCACCGGCGGGGAAGAGGACGGAGUUGAUAACACGAACAUGGACCAGAGUCGUCUGUACACUCAGCCGGAGCAGGUGAUGAAUGUACACACAGCUCUUAGUGCCAUUGACGAGAAGUUCUCGAUUGCGGCUGCGUUUGGCAAUGUACAUGGUGUGUACAAGCCUGGAAACGUCAAGUUGAGCCCAGAAAUGUUGGGCAAGCACCAGGUGUACGUCAAGGAGCAGCUUAAGUCUGAGCUGGAUAAACCGCUGUUCCUAGUGAUGCACGGAGGAUCCGGAUCGACUAAGGAGGAAAUUGCGUGCGCGGUCGGAAACGGAGUUGUGAAGAUGAAUGUUGACACGGACACCCAAUGGUCCUAUUGGGAGGGUCUGAAAGACUUUUACGAAGCCAAGAAGGGUUAUCUCCAGGGUCAGAUUGGAAAUCCCGACGGCGCAGACAAGCCCAACAAGAAGUUUUACGAUCCACGAGUCUGGGUUCGAGAAGCGGAAAAGACUAUGGUAACCAGAGUGAAACAGGCCUGUACUGACCUGGGAAACGUCGGAACCCUGGACAAAGAGAUCUAAGUUGAAUUGAUGAAAAAUAUUAAUAUCAUCAAUGAUGACAUUGACUACUUUGCACUACCUUCUCACCCUAAACCGAGCUAAUGUUGGCACACUGAUUUUAUUUUUUAUGUAACAAAUGAACCUGAACCUGUUGCUAACUUAACUGCAAUGAAUUAAUAAUUACUGAUAAACUGUUUUAUUAUUUGGAGAAAACUGAAUUUCACGAACUGCCGUAGAUUUGUAGGUGCUUGUAUUUUGAAUCUGAAAGCAUGAGAUAUAAAUAUUUAUCUACUGAUGUAAAUACAAUUAACAAUUGGCUGACUA